AUGCCUAACGUCGGCGGCCCGAGGCAGAAGAAACGCCAGCUGCUGAUGUCUGUCGCUCAGAGUCAACUGCUCUACGCAGCGCCUAUAUGGGCCUCGGCGUUAGUAUUUGAAGUAAACGUCAAGGAGUUACUGAAACCUCAGCGGAAGAUGGCCAUAAGGGUGUCGUCCGCCUAUUGUACCGUAUUGACAAACGCUAUACUUGUCGUGUCAGGACUGCUGCCUCUACACAUAAAGGUGUUUGAAAGAACAGCUAUGCGGGUAGCACAGAAGGCAGGUUCGACUCCCCAGUCGGAGAAUGAGUUGAGAGAGGAGUCACUAAGCAAGUGGCAGAACGAGUGGGAGAAUUCAGGGACGGGCGAAUGGAUGAAGCGAUUAAUUCCUGGCCUGCGACCAUGGGUCUCAGGAUCAUUUGGCCUAGUGAAUUUCCAUAUCACUCAGUUUCUCACUAGGCAUGGAUGUUUUGAACAUGCAUUAUUCAUAUGCGACCGCUGGUGGAGGCGACGAAGAGCACUAGAGGUGGCUACGGAUACCGAGUUCACCCCCGAAACAGUGGUGAACACAAUGUUGGAGAGCAGAGCCAAGUGGGAUACAGUAUGCGGGUAUGUGGUUGAAGUCCUCAAAACCAGGGAGGAAGAAGAACGGCAGCGCCAGCGACACAUUCACCAAAUAAAAUUUUGUAUUAUACUAGUUAAGGAUUUGUGUUGUGGCCUGAAAGGCAAUUCAAGGGGAUAG